GUCACAUUCGCAGGCUGUGAGAGGGAGCGGUGCUGACGCUCGCCAGCUGAGUGCCAUCCGGGCAGCGCCAGCCCGCCCGCCGUGUGGGUGCCUGCAGGUGAUGGGGCAGCGCCUGGGACCGGAGAGCUUUGUGCCAGGAGCAGGAGCUCUGUCUGCCUGAGUUUCGGUGGCCCUGCUGGGCUUGCCACGUCACUUGUGCCCCUCUCGUGUCCCUCACCUGCGUGGCCCUGGCCUCCAGCCGCAGGUUCAGCACGCUGGACACCCCGUCCUGCGGGCCCUCGCAGGGGCUCCCGUGUGAGCCAAGGGCAGCGCUCUGCCGGAGCCCGGGGAUCCGCAGCGGGUGAUGCAGCGGGAACCGUGCGCUGCCUGGCCGGGGAUGCUGUGGGCUGCCGUGGGAAUGCCUGGCUCCCUGAGCGCGAAGUGACUGCAACUCACACGAGGUUGGGACUACUUCUCGGAAGAUGCCCUGUGUGUCUCCAGUCGUUCCUCUCUGGCCUCACCGCAGAAUAUUUGGAGUUGCUAGCUUCCUCCUGCCGAGGGGGGACAAAGGCAUAGGCCUCCAGAGGGUUAAGAGCAUCUGCCUUUACGCCAAGUGUUCGAGCAGGAAAUAAUCUGCAGAGAUACAUGUGCAGCAAUUCAACUGCUGCUGCUCUCUCAGGCUGCCGCUGCUGCAGUUCGGGGUGUGAGAGGAGCCGCGCUGCUCGCAGAAGAUGCUUUCUUGGUGUGUCCGAAGCUCCAGGCACGGCAGGAGAGCCCCGGCUUUCUGAGCUGGGGUAAAUGUCUCCAUCCAAGAGGAAUUAUGUGGACUUGCUGGCUCUGUCGGCUCACGGAGAAGAAUGUUCAGACUUAUUUAAAGAGUGGUGAUAACUGGAACUCAGAGGUGUCCUGAGGGUAGUUGUUUUGGUCUCUUCAUGUGUGAGUCUCGUCCCCACUGAGCAGUUCAGCUUGCUGCCAUCCACAAAUGUGGAGUGCUUUGAGAAGAGCCCACUGAAGGCCUGAUAAGAAGGCCCUGAGUCACAGACCCAGCAAACCUGACCAGCUCCUCACCAUACACUGGUCUCAAAUCUUCUCUGGAGCAGCUACCAGAGAGGCUGAACUUCGCUGUUUCCUGCUGUGCUGCCUGGAACCUUUUCCACGUUAACAAAGGCUGAUGGAAACCUGUAUCUAGGGGGUUCUAUGUGAGAUACUCUCCCUGCUCCCCUGUGGCCUCUCCCUGUGCCAGUCCCUGCCGACGGCGCCGCAUCACCGCGCACCAGAUGUGCAGGAGGCUGCAAAGAGCUCCCCUCCCUGAGCACAGGCGCUCUCUGUCACGGAAAAAAAUGGUGAACUUGGAAACAAGCUGGAGAUUGCAAAGUCUGCUUUCCCUCGAGGUUGCUGGUCAAUGGUUGUCAUCUACCACACCCAAGGAAACUAGAAGAGCUCCACGCUAACUUAUGUAAGGUUUAUUUCACUAUGGGAGAUCAAAUGAUUUUCUGGCUCAGGUUUUGUGAUGUUCGGCAUCUGCCUUGGACCUGCAAUUUGGAAAAGGGCUCGUCUCUGAAGCACGGUUAAGAGACACAAAAACCAGUCCCAGACAAUGAGCACUUUAAGUAGCACUGGAAUAUUGCUCAGCUUAACGACAGUGUCUGUCACACUGGAUUUUAGUUUGCAUGGUGGUCUGAUGGCUUGGUCCUUAAGCAGCAAUUUGACUCUGAAUCAGAGUUUGCCCACAUCUGAUCCUCUCAACGCCUCUGAGAAGGGCGAAGUCUCUCGGAUGUCCGUGAGGGAGAAGAAUUGGCCAGCCCUCCUGAUCUUGGUUGUCAUCCUGCUGACCAUUGGGGGGAACAUAUUGGUAAUUAUGGCUGUGUCCUUGGAGAAGAAGUUGCAGAAUGCCACAAACUUCUUCCUGAUGUCCUUGGCAGUGGCAGACAUGCUGGUGGGUAUCCUGGUCAUGCCCGUGUCGCUCAUUGCAGUCCUGUACGAUUAUGCUUGGCCUUUGCCUAAACAGUUGUGCCCUAUAUGGAUUUCCCUAGAUGUGCUCUUUUCAACUGCAUCUAUUAUGCAUCUCUGUGCCAUCUCUCUUGAUCGGUACGUAGCAAUACGCAAUCCCAUUGAGCACAGCCGCUUCAAUUCCCGCACCAAGGCCAUUAUGAAAAUUGCUGCAGUUUGGACCAUAUCCAUAGGGUUAUCUAUGCCUAUUCCGGUCAUCGGUUUGCAGGAUGACUCCAGAGUGUUUGUAAACGGGACCUGUGUCCUCAACGAUGAGAACUUCAUCCUCAUUGGAUCCUUCAUGGCUUUCUUCAUCCCUCUCAUCAUCAUGGUGAUCACGUAUUGCCUGACCGUCCAGGUGCUGCAGAGACAGGCGACGGUGUUCAUGUGUGGAGAGGUGCCCAAGCAGAGGAGGAGCAGUGUGAACUGCCUCAAGAAGGAAAACAACACAGAGAACAUUUCAAUGCUUCACAAUCACGAGGGGGCAUCUCACUUGAACUCCCCUGUAAAUAAGGAGGCAGUGCUUUUCAGGAAAGGAACUAUGCAGUCCAUCAACAACGAGCGAAGAGCCUCCAAGGUCCUGGGCAUCGUCUUCUUUUUGUUCCUCAUCAUGUGGUGCCCGUUCUUCAUCACUAAUGUCAUGUCUGUCCUUUGCAAGGAAGCCUGCGACAAAGACCUCUUGAGUGAACUGCUUGAUGUGUUUGUUUGGGUGGGGUAUGUUUGCUCGGGGGUUAAUCCCCUGGUGUACACACUCUUCAACAAAACCUACCGCAGGGCUUUUUCCAAUUACAUCCGCUGCCAAUACAAGCCCGGCAAAAAAUCAGCACUGCGGCAGAAUCAGUGUCUGAAUGUUGCUUCGACAGCUUUGUACGGGAAAGAUCUGACUUUAACUAGUUAUCGAAAUGGCAAUGAAUUCAACAGCAUGGAACUAGAAGCUGAGGAGGGCCUGGAACUGCAACCAGGGACUUCGGAGCUCUCCAUAAACAGCUGUAAUGUUGUAAGCGAAAGAGUGAGCUGUGUGUAAGGGUGACUCACACAGCCUUUUGCUACGGUGUAUCUGUAGCCAAAAUACAUUGUGUAAAAAUGUAAGUGUCGCUCAAAGGACAAUGUAAAUAUUGCAUUCUGAACAAAGCUUUUUUUUUUUAAAGAAAAAAAAGAGUUGUCUUUCCAGUCCAGUACUUAAAAUCAUAUAUAUUAAUAUACUGCAGUGAAGUUUAAGGUUCUAUAUUUACUGUUACUAAUAGAUCAGAACUAUUAGUUACUCUGCAUAUGUCAUGGACAAAAUGUUUGAAUUCUUCUUCCAGUGCAUGAACAAAAAUGCUGAAUAUUUAUCUCAGGUGGAAUUUGCUGGAGUCCAGAAUGGCACGUUAAUAGUUAUAUAUCAAAUACAUGCUAUUAGACUUGGUCAGUAUAACUUUCUUUUUCAAGUUGACAGUAAAUAUAUACUUUAAAUCCUCA